AUGCAGCAGGCACCGAUACAGGAGUUACCGUUGUGUGUAUCGGACGCACGCCAACGUAAGCUUGCAAUUCGCAAGUUUGAUGGUACAGAACUGUACCAGGGCCUCGGAUCAGGUUUUGCUGACUGGGGUCGCACGUUCUUGCGCCAAGUCACUAUGGCGCAGCAGGCCUGCGGAUUUGCAUGGGCUGAAGAUGUCAAGGUCGACUUGCUGGGACACUACCUGGGACAGCAGAGCGGUACUACCAAAAACAAGUGA